AUGGAGCUCUCGGAGGUGCGGUGCCUGAGCGACAGCGAUGAACUUUACACCAUCAACAGGACCCCCCCCGGCAGCAGCAGACCCCAGCGCCUGCUGUGGCAGACGGCCGUGCGCCACAUCACCGAGCAGCGCUUCAUCCAGGAGCACAGCAGCAGCAGCGGCGGCAGCAGCAGCGGUGGGGGCAAGGGCUUCAGCUCCGAGGAGACCUGCUGCCCCAACCACCACCCUCACCCUCACCACCACCACCAUCACCUCCGGCGACAGUCGGCCGGCCGGAGUUUGGGCGGCGAGCGCCACAACAACGGAGGCACCAAAGUCUUCCCGGAGCGCACGAGCAGCAGCGGGGACCUGGGCUUCCUGCCCCUGGACUGUGCCCCCAGUAACUCCGAUUUCUUCCUCAACUGGGGCUACACCUACCGCGGGGUGAUCUUCCCCACGCUCCGCAACUCCUUCAAGUCCAGGGACUUGGAGCGCCUUUAUCAGCGCUACUUCUUGGGCCAGCGGCGCAAAUCCGAGGUGGUCAUGAACAUCCUGGAUGUGCUGACCAAGCUGACCCUGCUGUUCCUCCACCUGACUCUGGCCUCUGCUCCCAUGGACCCCAUUAAGGGCAUUCUCUUGGGCUUCUUCACUGGCAUCGAGGUGGUGAUCUGUGCCUUAGUGGUGGUCAGGAAGGACACAACCUCAUACACCUACCUGCAGUACAGCGGUGUGGUCACCUGGGUGGCCAUGGCCACACAGAUCCUGGCGGCUGGCCUGGGCUGUGGCCUCCUUGGGGAUGGCAUUGGCUAUGUGCUCUUCACGCUUUUUGCAACCUACAGCAUGCUCCCGCUGCCACUCACCUGGGCCAUCUUGGCCGGGCUGGUCACCUCCGUCCUGCAGCUCGUCAUGCAGCUGGUUAUCCCCAGGUUGGCCGUGACUUCCCUCAACCAGAUAGCUGCUCAAGCAGUGUUAUUUAUGUGUAUGAACACCGCAGGAAUCUUCAUUAGCUACCUAUCAGACAGAGCACAACGUCAAGCCUUCUUGGAGACCAGAAGAUGUGUAGAAGCCAGACUGAGGCUUGAGACAGAAAACCAGCGCCAGGAACGGCUGGUGCUUUCUGUCUUACCACGGUUUGUAGUUCUGGAAAUGAUAAAUGAUAUGACCAAUGUAGAAGAUGAACAUUUGCAACACCAGUUUCAUAAGAUCUACAUUCAUCGCUAUGAGAAUGUCAGCAUUCUUUUUGCAGAUGUUAAAGGAUUCACCAACCUCUCCACGACUCUGUCGGCCCAGGAAUUGGUUCGAAUGCUGAAUGAACUCUUUGCCAGAUUUGAUCGACUAGCACAUGAACAUCAUUGUCUUAGAAUAAAAAUCCUGGGGGACUGUUACUACUGUGUGUCUGGGCUCCCAGAACCUCGCCAGGACCAUGCACACUGCUGCGUUGAAAUGGGGCUCAGCAUGAUCAAAACUAUCAGAUACGUUAGGUCAAGAACGAAGCAUGACAUUGACAUGAGAAUAGGGAUACAUUCAGGAUCAGUUCUGUGUGGAGUGCUGGGCCUGCGAAAGUGGCAGUUUGAUGUCUGGUCAUGGGAUGUGGAUAUUGCAAACAAACUUGAGUCUGGUGGAAUUCCUGGGAGAAUCCACAUCUCCAAGGCCACUCUGGACUGCCUCAAUGGGGAUUAUAAAGUUGAAGAAGGGCAUGGCAAAGAACGCAAUGAAUUCUUGAGAAAACAUAACAUUGAGACGUAUUUAAUUAAACAGCCUGAGGAGAGUCUGUUGGCUUUGCCUGAAGAUAUUGUGAAAGAGGCUGUCAGCUCCUCCGACAGGAGAAACAGUGGGGCAACAUUUACCGAAGGAUCAUGGAGCCCUGAACUUCCAUUUGAUAACAUAGUGGGAAAACAGAACACUCUGGCUGCCCUAACAAGAAAUUCAAUAAAUCUGCUUCCAAACCAUCUUGCACAAGCUUUGCAUGUCCAGUCUGGGCCUGAGGAAAUUAACAAGCGAAUAGAGCACACCAUCGACUUACGGAGUGGCGAUAAAUUGAGAAGAGAGCAUAUCAAGCCUUUUUCACUGAUGUUUAAAGACUCCAGCCUGGAGCACAAGUAUUCUCAAAUGCGGGAUGAAGUAUUCAAAUCAAACUUGGUAUGCGCAUUUAUUGUUCUUGUGUUUAUCACCGCUAUCCAAAGCUUACUUCCUUCUUCCAGGGUGAUACCAAUGGUCAUUCAAUUUUCUAUUCUGAUUAUGCUGCACUCCGCUCUUGUGCUAAUCACCACAGCAGAGGAUUACAAAUGUUUACCCUUAAUGCUCCGGAAAACUUGCUGCUGGAUUAAUGAGACCUACUUGGCCAGGAAUGUCAUUAUAUUUGCAUCUAUUCUGAUUAAUUUUCUUGGAGCCAUCAUAAAUAUCCUAUGGUGUGAUUUUGACAAACCAGUGCCCCUGAAGAACCAGACGUUCAACAAUUCAUCUGCACCUUUUACAGACAUCUGUUCCUAUCCUGAGUAUUUUGUCUUCACUGGUGUGCUGGCAAUGGUGACUUGUGCAGUCUUUCUUCGUCUCAACUCUGUCCUGAAACUGGCAGUACUCCUCAUCAUGAUUGCGAUCUAUUCUCUGCUGACUGAGACCAUUUAUGCUUCACUUUUUCUGCAAUAUGACAACUUUAACCACAAUGGAGAAACAGACUUCCUGGGUACAAAGGAGGCAUCUUUACUACUGAUGGCAAUGUUCCUUUUAGCCGUAUUUUAUCAUGGUCAACAGCUUGAAUACACGGCAAGGCUGGAUUUUCUCUGGCGUGUUCAAGCAAAAGAAGAAAUCAAUGAAAUGAAGGAGUUAAGGGAGCACAAUGAAAAUAUGCUACGGAAUAUUUUACCCAGUCAUGUUGCCCGUCACUUCCUGGAGAAGGACCGGGAUAAUGAAGAAUUGUACUCUCAGUCUUAUGAUGCUGUUGGUGUGAUGUUUGCUUCUAUUCCUGGAUUUGCUGACUUCUAUUCCCAGACUGAGAUGAAUAACCAAGGGGUAGAAUGUCUGCGCUUGCUGAAUGAGAUCAUUGCAGACUUUGAUGAGUUACUAGGUGAAGAGCGAUUUCAAGAUAUUGAAAAAAUUAAAACAAUUGGCAGUACAUACAUGGCCGUGUCAGGAUUAUCACCUGAAAAACAGCAAUGUGAAGACAAAUGGGGGCAUUUGUGUGCUCUGGCUGACUUCUCCAUAGCUUUGAAUGAAAGUAUACAGGAGAUCAACAAGCAUUCUUUUAACAACUUUGAGCUCCGCAUUGGGAUUAGCCAUGGCUCUGUCGUAGCAGGAGUUAUCGGUGCUAAGAAACCGCAGUAUGAUAUCUGGGGCAAAACGGUUAAUUUAGCAAGUCGAAUGGACAGCACAGGAGUUAGUGACAGAAUACAAGUGCCUGAAGAAACAUAUCUGAUCCUGAAGGACCGAGGAUUUGCCUUCGACUACCGAGGAGAGAUUUAUGUCAAAGGUAUCAGUGAACAGGAAGGAAAAAUCAAAACAUAUUUUCUUCUAGGAAGAGUUCAACCAAAUCCUUUAAUCUUACAACCAAGAAAACUGACUGGACAGUAUUCAUUAGCAGCUGUUGUAUUAGGACUUGUACAGUCUCUUAACAGGCAAAAACAGAAGCAAAUCCUUAAUGAGAACAAUAAUUCUGGAAUCAUAAAGGGACAUUAUAACCGGAGGACUUUGCUCACUCCCGGUGGAUCUGAGGCAGCAGCCCAGGCAGAGGGGGCCGACAAAACUGAAUUGCCAUAA